GAGGAUGAUGAUGAUGAUGAUGAUGGUGAUGAGGAGGAGGAGGAAGAAGAGGUUGUGGAGGAGGAGGAGGAGGAGGUCGUGGAGAUUGAAGAAGAUGAGGUAGAUGCCAACAAUGCGGCAGGCAAGGAGCAGAAGGCCGGCGAGCAGACGCAGGAGGCUGAAGAAGAGAAGGUGAAUGAGCAUAAGGUAUUGGAGGCUAGUGAUGUGGCUGAGAGGGACUGCAAGGCAGAGAGGGGUGAACAGGAACAGCAGGAGUCUGACGAUGAGGUUGGGGAUGCCAAAGAGGAGCAGCAGGAAGCCAAGAAGGUUUCUGUGAAAAAGUUGUGUAAUAAGGAUCUUGCAGCGGCAUGCUCUAGAAUGAAUGCCGCAGGACUGGUGAAUAUCGUGUUUAACAACAACAUCUACCGGCAAGAGUACCCUGUGGCUAUGUGCAAUGCCAAAGAUGCCGCUGCUCUUGUCCUUAAUGUGGUUAGGAUCUUUCUGACCAACAAACGGCCCAAGACCAACAGGGUCUGGGAGAACUGUGUUGCGCUGAUCCGCUGUGUGCCUGUUGUGGCACCCAAGCUUUCUGUCCGCAUGAUUAAUCAGGCCAAGCCGUUUGCCAAGAACUGGAAGAAGAAGAUCGGUGAGUGGGGGGAUUGUGGAGAUCAUUGCAUGCUGGCCUCAUGGGCCUUUCUUAACUUCAUCAUUUCUUACAACAUUGUAUCAGAGUUUGAUGUCGAUGAGAUCAUCCGUCUCUAUGGCACAGUCCCACGCAAAUAUCAGAGGAAGAACUGCGUCAAUCUCUGCCAGGGUCUUGGUCUCGUCAGUAGGAUCAGUGACUUAAUUGAUUAUUUGAUUGAAAAUGGACAACAAUUGAGCGCCAUACAAAUGACACAGGUUCUUCAAUUGGUGGACAAAUAUCCACCACUUGCUCUUCUGGAGGGAUAUGUUGAGAAGGCAAAAGGGACUGCUCUAGAGUUACUUAGCAAGAAUGGAUUAGACAAGUCCCAGAAUCCAACCAUAUCAAAGGAGAUUGAGAAUCUUCGGCUGGCGGAAUCUAUGGUUAAACAGCAACUCACUGAUUCAAGCAAAUCGGUUACUAUCUUGGAAGAGAUUAACAAUUUGUUAGCUGAAUAUGCAAAGAGCCGUAUUACAACAAAUGCCUCUACUACGUCGACAUUAAAUUCAAGGCAGGAGCAAAAAAUCCAACAGCAGAAGCAAAAUCAGAAACACAAGAAGCACAAGAAGGAGCAGCAGCAACACGAGGAACAAGAUGGCCAAGUGCAGGGGAAACAAAGAAAGCUGGAAGGGAAACAGCUGUACUUGAACCAGCCACGGCCAUGUGUUACCAAGCUACCAACACCAACUGGUCCUCUGGCAAGAUCUCUAUCACCUGUGAUUCCGAAUGUGGCACAGAUUGGUCCCAUUGGACAUCGGCCAUUUGAUCUAAUGCCUGCAAUUCCUCUACCAUUUUUACCAGGAAUUCAAGAAUCUGUGGACAAUUAUCUAUGAAGGACAUGAAAGGAAAUUCAAGUAACUAUACAACAAGGUCCACCCGAAUAUUGGGACGGGCUCCUUUUUCAAGAUAUUAUAAAUGUGGUUGGCUUACAUAGUUAUCAAAACGGAAACAAGGGGACCUAUGCAACACAAUAUGUGGUUGCGAAUUCUACAUUGCGAGGGAGAUAUAAUCAUGAAACAUCAAUGUUGCUGGUUCAUUUUACAUUGCGAGUGUCUGUACACACAGUAAUUAAUAAUCAGUGGACUUUCGAAAAUGACAGCCACCAAGAUCAUAACAAGUCGAGGUGGGUGGUGGCAGUAGGCCUCUGCACCACCAUGCGGACCAGCACUUCAGUUUCCGGUCACUUCGUAUUCUUUCUUCUCUUUGCAGCUUCUAUCCUUUAUUACCUUGCCGAAUUCAAUUUUGGAAUGGUUGGAUUGGUUACUCUGCAAGACUAAGUUACAACACAUGGAUCAGUUUACAGUGCAUAUGUGGUCACAUUCUUCUCCUUUUUACUAGCAGAAAUUAAACCAGAUACGUGCGCUUGUUGCCGGACGCAGCGUCCUUCAGCUGGUGUGUCUCCAGCAGGACCCCGCUAGAGGAGCUGAAAACAUUUCUCAUGCAAGUGGACGUCCAACUGAGUGAGCAAGAUGCAGUGCAUCAGAUUGUUUUAAAUCCAUGAUUACUAAAAUUGUUGUAUCAGAUUUUUCUAGAGCUUUUAGCCACAUCAUAUUUGAUAACACUGAGGACUACAACAAUCGAUGCUUAUCAAUACAGAACUUCAAAAACAGAAUAGUAAAGGUUCGUAUGUCAGAAUAAUGCAAGAACUGUAGGCAAGCACAGUUUUCUCCUCUUCAGUGACCCCUAUUUUUCAUUAGCAUAAACUAAACCAGAUGGGUGUGCGAAGUGUUGUGCGGAUCUAAGGACAAACAUCAUAUCAGGAAAAGUAAAUUGUAAGAAUAAACAAGGAUCUUUGUCUGCACUUUGGGAAAAGCAGAGACAAAUAAUUCAAAGUUAUUUACUUGGGCUAGCGUUUACAGUUGAAGCUUAUGCAACGUGAUUUGCACACGUAUUAAUGUUAAAGACUAGACAUGCUAAUAUGCUAUUGUAAACACAUGGCGUACGUAGCUAAUAGGCAGAUCUUUUUUGCAUUAGAGGUAAAAUAGAACAAAGAAAAAUGCUUCUUGCCUUGGAAAUGCCUUCCAUGGAGCCUCAGGCCUGCAAUUGUCUAAUUCCUUCUGGGCUUUGGCAGCACAUUUGAAAUUCUAUAUAUGGUCCUGAUACAUUCCACAUUUUAUAUCCCUGAUUAUGAUAUUUAAGGUACCUGUGCAGAACACUGUGCAUUCGGGACUGCCCCUGCCCUCUGAAAAUUGAAGGUUGCUUUGUCCACCAAACAAAAUACUGUGUUGGUUUACCAAAAGGGAAAUCGUCCUCUUCAACUGCAUCUUCCACCCCUGUCCCUCCUAUCCUUUUGGUGCUGCUGUGGACGCUGCUGCUUCCAUUCCUCAUGGGUGGGGUGAGUGCUAGUUUUGCGUCCUUCCCCUUUUAUGCUCAAUCCUCUGUAACUUCAUCAAGGAUCUUAUUUAUUCUGCCUAUAUGUAUGCAAGAUCUUUAUGAUUAGGCGUCCAGUGUUUGGUUACUUUCUAGACCGAUCAUACUUUAUUUUCAUUAUUAUAUAGUUCAGGAUUGACGAACUUUGAUUUGUGUCUGAAUCUGAUCAUAUAUUUUUGGUUUGAUCUUUU